GCAUUUGCAAUUCCCAAACAAAGUACUUGCUUUAUUGAACCUCGGCGCCCAUCCCUUCUAGGAGCGUUUUCAUAUUCAUCAUGUGCAUGCAGCGAUUGGACUGGCCUCUACUCACCCUUCCAGCCUUUCCCGUUAUCACACCAGCGCAAUCUCUACAAAAAUCAUGUUCAAAAUGUUCUCUCGACACAACAGGGGAACCCGUCCUGCUCCCGGCUUAUCUUCGCAGCCAUCUCACCCACAGGCCCCUUCGGAGUCCCAUGUUCCGCAGCUCCAUAUAACCGGUCCCCAGAUAUCCCCAGAUCACGACAAGACCCACCGCGAUCAGCCCGGAGUGCCGGCAGGAUCUUUUCCUAGCCCUGCAGUGGCUGCUCAGACUCUACUUUCUGGUGAUCGCAAUGAUCCAAUGAAGUCAACAUCAUUCAUGGGUCGCAUAUCGAGUGAGAUCAGCGGAAUAUUUGGUCGUAAUCGCAGCAAGCCUGGCACUCCCAAGCAGUCAAGACCAACCACGCCCACCCCACAGCCAUAUGCUAAUAAUGCAGCGCCGCCUCCAUCUCCCCUCACUCCUACCGGAAAUGUUGAUGAUCCGAGUGGAUCAUCUGGGAUGCAUGCCACGCCCGACAGUGGCUCGAAAAUUCGCGCACAAUUGGAACGCGAGGGUAUCAACGUGCCUUCCUUAUCGGAACUCACGCCAUCGGCUACCUCAAAGAGCGAUCGAAAGAAAGUCGUCAUAAAUGCUAUAAGACUCGUUCUGGAAAAUGCAGCCGACGCUCUUAAAUUCGUCCCGAUUCCGAAUCCCGACGCAAUCCCGAAUUUGCUUCUCAAGUGGCUCCAGGUUUACGAUGUCAGUUUAUCAUUUCAUUUCUGUGAUAGAUGAGGAUACGCCGUUUACUCUUCCCAUGUUCAUUCGUUUGUUUGUGCAUGAUCUGUGUAGACCGUUGGCGGGAACGACGAUGAUCUUAAGGAACUGGGCAAUGACAUCCGAAAGGCUUACGCUGCCGUUUUGCAGCCACUUGAGCUGUUGUCCGAACAAAUCCCCCCUGAAGUAGUUCGAUUGAUUGGAGAAUUUCACUCGUACGUCCAUCUACCUUCAACGCUGCUCGUCUGA